GCUGGCGAGACCAUCGACCGUCGACCAUCAACCACCAACCAACCGACUGACCGGCUGAACCUGCGCGCUCGGCUCACCGCACAUCUCCGUCGUCCCUCCCAGUCAAGAUGCCCAACGUCCCCUCAGUCGUGACCUCGUCCUCGGCCUCCCUGGUCCAGGCCCGAAAGAGAACCAUUUCGCUCUACCGAGACUGGCUGCGUGCGGCCCCUGUUGUCGUCAAGACCUAUCGCCUCGAUAUCCCCACGUCGCAGGUCCGCGAGCGCAUCCGCCAGGAGUUUGUCAAGAACCGCCACAUUGCCGACAAGAGUGUCAUCGACGUCCUGCUGUUCAAGGGCCGCAUCGAGUACGAAGAAACCCUCAACAUGUGGAAGCAGUCGUCGCACGUCAUGCGCUACUUCCAGGAACCCGAAGCGACAAAGAGCAACGCCUUUUUGGACAGAUUUUUCGAGGGAAGAGCGUAAUCCCUCCCUCCCUCCCCUUCCCUCCUCCUCUUCCUCCAUGUAGGACCUUUUGCGACCUAACAUUCCUGUGGGCUUGGCCCCUGGCACCCUCACUCCCGCAUAUUUCAGGGUACGACUGGGCAGCACCAAAACGACGCACAUAAAACUAUAUAUCAGCAGAA